AUGUCAGAUCCAACAGAAAAAAUCAAAAAAGAAGAAGAAAGUAUAGAUGAUUUUAGUCAUAGAGUAAUAGAUAUUAAUAUAGGGCUUAACAGUAAUAGAAUUGAUCUUCAAAUCAAAGCAUUAAUAGCAAUUAAUAAUGAAUUUGAAGAAUAUGAGAAUUCUGGAAUGAAAAGAUCCUUUAUUUCAUUAUUUAGGAAUACAAAACCAGAGAAAAAAGAGUCUAAUCAAAGUACUAAAACAAAUCAUAAAACUGCAACAAAGAACGAGUUAUUAUCCUUUUUAAAAUUACAUUCACAGUACAUAUUAGAUCUUAUUAUUAAAUGUCCUCAUGAAGAACUACUUAGACAUUCAAUUCCUGUUAUAGAACAUAUUAAUAAUAAUAAAUUAUUAAGUCCACAUUUUAUUAAAUCUAUGUGUGAUAAUGCAGAAAGAAUUGGAGGAACUAUAUUAUUACGUGCUCAAGAUAUAGUUAUUAGUGUAUUUAAUUCAAUGUCAUCUAUUGAAAGAAAUAAUAUUAUUCAUUCUGCAUUAGAAAAUUCAAAAAAAGGAAAUUUACCUGCACUUCAUAUGUUAUGUAAACUAAUUCAAAUACAAGCACUUCCUUCACAACAAAUUGUUACUUCAUUUAGUUUAAUAGUUAAAUAUAUUCAAGAAUUAAAUGAAGAUAUUAUUAAAAUAUGUUCCAUUAAUUCAUACAUAAUACCUUUAAAAAGAAUUAUCAUUGGUGAAUUUAAAGAUAAAACAAAUGAUCCAAGAAUGAGUAUUGUUUUAACAGUUCUUGCUUCAACUACUCCUUUUGGUGGAGAUGCUGAUGAAAUAAAUAAAAUGAUUGAAGAAGCAUUUGUAAAAGAAGUACCAAAUCUUGGAGAACCAAUUAGGUUGAUUGGUAAAAGUGAUGACUCUGUAUUUAAAAUUUGUUUAAUGUGUAUUAUUGAUUCUGAUGGAUUUACUGGUGCAAUGAAAUGGAUUAGAGGGGAGUGGAGCAAUAAACGAGCUGAAUUUGCAUUAAAUAUUUUAGAAGAAAGAAAAGAAUUACCUUCAAACGCAUCAUCAUUUGUUAAAGAAGUGAGUUUAUGGACUUAA